GGUUCCACCAGCGGGGCCUCCAUUGGUGGAUGCGGUUUAUGACGCGACAAAGGAGCCGGGUGGAGCCUCGACCAGAGAAGCGCUGGUUGAAGCCGGCUCAAUCAUCAACCAAAAGGGAGCCUUCAGCCAAGAAGGAGACUGAGACUGGGAGUCGUGAAGGAGCUUGUGACUAAUUCAGCAAUGUGUCUAUGGGAGCUGUCACACUCCAGAAGCAGAAAUUGCAACUGACCGGCCUUUAACAGGAUGAAGACCGUUGUGAAGAUGGCAUGCCUACGGAACUUUAAAAGGUGUAGACCACCUGACUGAAGAUGGUUCUGUUUUCCAUCCCAUUUGAUUAGUAAACUGUUACUUUCCAUAAGCAAGUCAUGAUUACAUUAACUGAACUCAGAUGUUUAGCAGAUGCCCAGUCAUCGUACCACAUCUUGAAACCAUGGUGGGAUGUCUUCUGCUAUUACCUCACCAUGAUAAUGCUGCUUGUUGCUGUUCUUGCUGGGGCUCUCCAGCUCACUCAAACUAGAUUAUUAUGUUGUCUUCCGUGCAAGCUUGAGUUUGACAAUCAUUGUGCGGUGCCUUGGGAUUUGGUCAAAAGCAACCUUAAUAUAUCCUCCAGUUCUGCUACACCAGUAAUCCUCCCCCUCAGAAUCCAGAACUAUCUUCAUCGACAACAGUAUUCUUAUAUCGAUGCUGUGUGUUAUGAAAGGGAGCUUCAUUGGUUUGCCAAAUUUUUUCCAUACCUAGUGCUUCUCCAUACUUUCAUUUUUGCAGCUUGCAGUAAUUUUUGGCUUUACUAUCCCAGCACAAGUUCAAGGCUAGAGCACUUCGUAGCCAUACUUCACAAAUGUUUUGAUUCUCCUUGGACAACUCGUGCCCUGUCAGAAACAGUUACUGAACAGUCUGUGAGGACUUUGUCAUUUUCAAAAUCUAAAACAUUUUUUCCCUCCCCUACCAAUUUAACAGAAUCGGAGAGCAAGCGGCAAUCUAUAUCUUUCUCACAGACAGGAUUAGAAGCUGCUGGGAAAGAGAGUUCUUCAAGUGUUCUAGACAGAAAAGAAGGAGAGCAAGCGAAAGCAAUUUUUGAAAAAGUGAAAAGAUUCAGGAUGCAUGUAGAAGAAAAAGAUGUAAUUUACAGAGUGUACUUAAAACAGAUUGUCUUCAAGGUCAUUGUUUUUGUGCUAAUCAUGAUUUAUGUUCCCUAUUAUUUAACCUUUAUUACUCUUGAAAUUGACUGUGUAGUUGAUAUUCAAGUUUUUACUGGGUACAAGAGAUACCAGUGUGUUUACUCUUUAGCUGAAAUUUUUAAAGUGCUAGCUUCGUUUUAUGUUAUUCUGGUGAUCUUGUAUGGCCUGACUUGUACUUACAGUUUGUUAUGGAUGCUGAGAAGUUCACUCAAAGAAUAUUCUUUUGAGAAACUGAGGGAGCAGAGCAAUUACAGUGAUAUUCCUGAUGUGAAAAAUGACUUUGCAUUUAUGCUUCAUGUAGCAGACCAGUAUGAUCCUCUGUAUUCAAAAAGGUUCUCAAUAUUCCUCUCUGAGGUGAGUGAAAACAAGUUGAAGCAGAUCAGCCUAAAUAACGAAUGGCCUUUAGACAGGUUGAAAAGCAGGCUGAUACGAAACUCCCAGGACAAGAUGGCACUUCACCUUUUCAUGCUUAAUGGUCUUCCAGAUGAUGUCUUUGAACUGACAGAGAUCGAAGUUCUAAGCCUGGAGCUUAUUCCUGAAGUUAAGCUUCCUCCAUCUGUAAGCCAGCUAGUCAAUCUCAAGGAAGUAAAUGUUUAUUAUUCAUCAUUAACUGUGGAGUUUCCAGCACUUCACUUCUUAGAAGAAAAUUUAAAGGUUCUACGUUUAAAAUCAGCUGACCUGGGAAAGAUUCCACGAUGGACUUUUUAUCUAAAAAAUUUGCAGGAACUGUAUCUUACUGGAUGUUAUGUCCUAGAACCCCAGAAUCUCUUCUACAAUGAGAGUUUUGAGGAUCUUGUGAGUCUGAAAGCAAUUCACUUAAAGAUUAGCCUUUCCCGCAUACCUCAGGUGGUGACAGACCAGUUGCCUUCACUACAAAAGUUAUCUAUUGACAAUGAGGGGAAAAAACUGCUAGUGUUAACCACCUUGAAGAAAUUGGUAAACCUGAGAACAUUGGAAUUAAUCAACUGUGACCUGGAGCGUAUUCCACAUUCCAUCUUCAGCCUGAACAACUUGCAUGAAAUAGAUUUGAAAGAAAACAAUCUCCGAACAGUAGAGGAAAUUAUUAGUUUUCAACACCUUGAGAACCUUUCUUGCCUGAAAUUGUGGCACAACAACAUCUCAUACAUCCCAGUGCAGAUUGGAACCUUAGCAAAUCUGGAGCAGCUCUACUUAGAUCAUAAUAACAUUAAAAAAAUACCACUGCAACUUUUUCUUUGCACAAAGCUGCAUUAUUUAGACCUUAGUUAUAACAAAUUAACCAUUAUUCCUGCAGAAAUCCAGUAUUUAACAAAUCUGCAGUACUUUGCUGUAACGAAGAACCAUAUUGAUGAACUUCCAGAUGAAUUGUUUCAGUGCAGAAAACUUCAACAUUUGCUUCUGGGAUAUAACAGCCUGACAAAUUUGUCCCCUUGUGUUGGUGGACUCUUGAACCUUGUUCAGCUGGAACUCAUAGGAAACCACUUGGAGUCUCUUCCUGCUGAGCUGGAGGAAUGCAAUUCACUGAAGCGGAGUUGUUUAAUUGUAGAAGACCGUUUAUUAAUGACUCUUCCUCUUCGUGUGACAGAGCACUUGCAAAUAUGUUUGGACAGAGUCUGAGAGAGAGUGUGUGUGUACAAUAAAAACACUCUUAAGCAUUGUGUUAUUAUUAUCACACCUCUGCAGAAAUUAUACAUGAGAAGGCAAGAAAUGCAAGAAAUUGUGGCUUCUUCUGCAGCUGUAUGCAUUGAUUCAUGUCACUAUUCACAAGAAUAUUUUGCGUCUUUUUAAAAAUGUACAUCUUGAAAAAAGACUGGGCAAAUAAUUUGAUAUUAAUGAUUUGAAAGAAAGAGUUAAGUGGCUAGUGUAUAUGUAGACUUUGAGCACUGGGGUAAAAGAUUACUGUUUAAGUGUAGUAAGGUUCCUGUUUUGAAGACUUUAUCUUUUAGAAAGUAAUUCUUAUAAAUACUUCCCUGUAAGGACCAAAAAAAUGCAGACUGGCGUUUUCACAUGUGUUCACUAUGUUAGUGAAGGCCAUCCAUCACUAUUUAUUGCACUGAACAAUUUAUUGUAAUUUUAGAGCUUGGGGUGUUUGGGGGCAAGCUGCCAGGAGCUUCUCCUACACAAGCUCAACUGGAAUUCCCCUGAGAAGUUCUCUGGUGAGCUGUGAGCAGACUGUCUCAGUACACAACUUGCUGUUUGGACACAGAAACAGGAGUAAUGGAAUUAACUCUGUAUGUAGAUAGGAUAAUUGCAUACAGUUGGACCAAGGUUGAAAGACUGGAGGAACUACACAAGUAGUUUUUGUCAUAUGUCGCCUACUCUGGGUAUGCUUUGCAUGGUUGAAAAAAAAAAUUGGAACUAUAAUACAUAGUGUAAAGAUUCCAGACUAGUUCUCUUUAAUAUCUGUUUUUGUUUUUCCUGGUUUUCUGCCCAUUCCCAAUUGCUGUACUAAUGUGCUAAUAAGUACACUGAGGCAUCAGAGAAAAUAUGAGUAAAGCCAUUAGGAACUGUGUGGUGUUUUUUAAAAAAAAUGUUUAAAAGCAAAAACUGGUGUUGAUUAAAACUCUCAGCUUGCCUCAUUCCUUAACCCAUGGGCUUUGAAUAACUGAGUGACGUGUUUCUGUUAUGCUAGUCUUAAUAGUCACUAGAGAGUGGGUAAAAGACUUUGUGCAAAAGUACCUUGUAUUUUGUAUCCAAGGUUGCCCAACAUCAUCCUUUUGUUGUAUGUGUGUGGUUUCCCCCCUAAUUAUAUAUAAAUAUAAAUGUAAAAAUUUGCUAGCAUGCAUUCAGAGAAAGUAUACCUUACACUUCUGUAUGAUGUAUUUGGGUGUUUAACUAAUUUCAAUUUAAUGCCUGUUUACUGAGAUUGGGUUGAAAGAGAAAUGUGUGCUCUUUUUGUAAUAAUUUUAUAUUGAAUUUUUUACUCAGUUCUUUAAGAAAAAGUUCACUCAUCUCUGUAUGUCGUUCCCAUUAGCAACGCCACAAACUUAAGACGAAAGAAAAAGCUUUCCAACGGUAUCUUCAUAUCUUAAUAUUUGUUCAUCACAAUAAUUGCAUUCCAAAGACCUCUUUUAAAUAGUUCUCAGGGAACAGAAGAUUGGGGGGAGGGGUUUCCUGUGGAGCUGAUGCAGCUCUGACUCUCCCAGGUUUAUGUUAGAAUAUACUUUGGGGUACAGAUUACAACUAGUUGCUAAGCAAUAUCCUAGAUUACCACCUUUGUUUAGUUAUUCAGAUCAAACUUUCUUACCUUGUAAAAUACAAGUUAUAAUGCUUAACAGAACUACAUUUGGCAAAGGCAGUCCAUGUGUUUAGCUUUCAUUCUAGGUUCAUGCAAUGAGAUCUCCUGAGGCUGCCAUAUAAAAACCAAAACCAUAAAAGAAUGGUAAUAAUCAGGCUGGUCUGUGGUUUUCUUUUUUUGAUGUGGUUUGCAAUAUAGAAAGAUCUCUGUUUUUUUUGGUGGGAGGGAUGCCUCUGUACAACUUCUUGUGCUCAUCAACUAUGUAAACGAUAUUGUCUUCAAUUUUGCCCCUCUGACUUAUCAUUUUGGGUUUUUAAACUCUUCUUGGUUACUCUUCAGCUUCUGACUUGCACCUCUGAAUGUGUAAAAUGGCAUCAAGCCCGAGCAAUUUGUCUUACUGUAAUUGAAAGUCUUUGAUUAACAGAACAUGCACACAAUAAGUGUUUAAAACUUUUACUUGCUUUGUGCUUUUGAUUAAUGUCCAUUGAUCUUUUGGAGUUUUAAAAUGGAAGAAAAAGUUUUUGUCUUAGUUUUAGUAGCCCGAACGAGUGUUCUAUGCAUUUCCUAUUCUAUACCUUAAAAGAACUUUAUGUUUUUCAGUUGAGUGCAAGGUUUUUAAUUUUUUAGUAAUGAAUUGGUCUGUUGACCAUUCCCUUUACCCAGAUUUUUAUUCUCUGUUGUUUUGGAAGUGCAUUCUAGCAAAAAUAAGGGAUUUUUUAAAACAGACUUUCCAAAGCAUCUGUUAGAAUAAUCAUUUUUAAAGAAAGACCAGACUUUGUUCUUGGAAGCCUUUUAAAAACCUUAUGACCAUGACCCAGACAUUUUAGUGGAUGAUACCUUGCUUGAUCAUAGAUUCUUAACUGAAUAAACUGGGCAUAUAAAUUCCCUUUUUAAAAUGCAGCAGGAAUCAAAUCAACCCUUAACCUUGACUUCAUUGCAAAGUAGUCUCAACAAAAAGUGAGACGUUCUAAAGGCUGGUAUUUCUGACCUAAAUGCAUGCCACAGUGUGCCUUGUUUGGUUUCCCUUCUGGACCCCAUCAUUCUGAUGGCAGAGCUGAAGCAUAAGUACUAAAAACUCUUGUUCCAUUUUCAGCCUUCACACUUAAGAUUUUGUAUUGGAAUGAAGAGAACCUCAGACAGUUGGUUCUUAACUCCACCUUCAUAAUUUAGGACAAGCUAUGGUAACCUCAGACCAUAUUUGUAUAUAGUACUUAUUUUAUAUCCAAUGGCUUUUCAGUUUGUUUCCAUAAUGCUGCUGUGGGGGGAGGAUCUCCAUUAAACUCAAUUUUACAUAUAUUAGCAAGUUUUGUUGAAGAAAUAUUUGAAUUAAAAUUAUGUUAACUUGUCUGCC